AGGGUUCCUUCAAAAUUUUUCGCUAGUCGCUCGUCGCUAGUCCGACCCCGCAAACCUCGCUAACAACGCACCCCCUUUUCCCAACCUCCUCCUCCCCUCUACCUCUGCCUCUGCCUCUACCUCAGAGACCUUCCCUCCUCUUCCGUGCCGACCCUCGCGAUCCACCUCAUCGCAACCCUCCUCUCCCAACCCUUCCCCCGACCUCUCUCUUUUCCUUGGUAGGAAGGUGUUGGUCUGCAGAUUUGUGUCCGUUCUCCGUACCGUAUGUUGUUGCCUCCAAACUCUUCAUCUACUUGCUCCCAUCUCCCAUCUCCCCUCUCCCGCCGCAUUGCAUUGGAUGCGAGAGCGAUACUGGAUCCUGUUGCCCUCUCUUCGUUGCUGCGCUGACCGGUACCAGUACCUGCAUUAAGGUGGCAGAAUCUUCUCUUCCCCAUUCUCCAAACGAGACUUCCCCUCGCUCCCCUCCACGUCCCAGUACGGAUCCCAGCGACUGUACCCUACCAACACAGACAGUACCCAGCCCAGCCUACCCACGACUGUCCACUCAACUACCCAUCCACAUACUUCUACAUCCUCCGGACGGUUGACGGUCUUACCCACCCUUCCCUUCCCUACCCACUCCCAUCCUCCCAUACUCCCACCUCUCUCGCUUUCUCUACCCACCCACCUGCUUUCUGCUCAACACCACACACACUACCUUCUCUUCCUCCACCUCCCCAGCCAAAACUGGCCCUGGAACUGGAACUGCAAGCAACUGCACCGCUCAACUGCACCUACCGACGCCUUGCUUCCUCUUGAUGCCAAAAGCUACCCGAGCCUCUGUUCUCUUCUCUUUGCCCGCCAUCGACUUCACUGCCGACGACGUAUCCCCCGCGGGACCAACGAUCUCCCUCCACUGGCGUAUACUCGAUCUAACCAAGAAAGCACAGUACAGGUCAAACUUCCUUCAAGGAACUUCCAAGCAGCACAAGCAUACCUGCAGCUUUGCGUAACCAGUCUCUGUUCUGCCGUGGAGCUUCAAUCGCAGCUUCAAUUGCAUCGCCGGUUUUUUAUUUUCGGAAAUCUUCUUUCUCAUAACGACCGCUACGAGUUAAACGUCUGCUUUCCAAGUUGGAGGUUUUACGAAAUCAUCAUUUUUGCGUUGUAUCCAUCAUUUCUGUCUAGCACGAUAAGACGCUUCACGAUCAACGCCCACGCGCCUGGUCACUACGAGCCCUGCAGCAUAUUUUCCUUGAUAACUUGAUUGAACGAGACACGGUUAACGGGACGCCUUAGCGCAGUUGCUCAACCAUCAAUUCGUGCCGCUCUCUUCGGAUUCACCCCCGAAGCCUGAACUUUAAGUUUACGAGAUUCUCGUGAACCUUCCCUUCCCAUUGUCCAUCUCGGACUUGAUCAAUCAAACCGAAAAGCUGGAUCUCCCGUCGAUCUCUUCAGUGUCAACCCGGGGUCCCUCUGACGUGCCAUACUACAAUCAUCACGCUGCGCAACGCCCAUUGUAUGUGAAUGACAGGUUGCCCUCGCUGCCUUUGCCCCAGCCGCAACAGGCGUACUCAUCGGGUACCUCGUCACCCCGGGUUGGUUCUCUGAGUUCACUUGGAUCAUCUUCAAUACUCAACGGGAGCUCGCAUUCUUCCUACACGACCGCAUCGUCCUCGAACGGGCCAAAAACACCCUCUCCGACCAUCCCAUCUAACACUGGUCUUCCCCCUUCGUUAUCCCAGACCAACUAUAACAAUACGUCACCUUCUGGCACUACAUAUCCCUACGGACAAGAGUAUAACUCCAACAUGAAUCACGGUUCUCAGGAUAUGUACUAUCCGUCACAUAUCUCAACUGGACAACCGCCUGCUCCGCAAACGGUAACAUCAGGCGGUAUGGGACACUACCCUCAGCAACACCAGCAACCCCCAUUGUUGCAACCAGGUCCAGCGCAGUAUUCACAGCCAGCCCCUGGUCAAUACAGCCAGUAUGGAGGAUACUCUAAUGGGUUGACAUCUCCUCAAUCAGCUGGCCACCAAGUUCCGGGUUCAAUGGGCCAGGGAAAUGUAUUACCUCUUCCGGCAAUGUCUUCGGCACAGAUGCCUACUCAAGGUGGUUACGGGGCACAGCAAGGUUUUGAUACUACUGGGCAAAUCGCGCCUCCAGGAAUGAAGCCACGAGUAACGGCGACGUUAUGGGAAGAUGAGGGCAGUUUGUGUUUCCAAGUUGAAGCCAAAGGGGUUUGUGUUGCAAGAAGAGAAGGUGAAUAUAAAAUUCCUCAGAAAUCCGUGAAGCGUAGCUAAUCAGGUGCUUGGCAGACAACCACAUGAUAAAUGGGACCAAACUUUUGAACGUGGCUGGAAUGACUCGAGGACGACGAGACGGAAUUCUAAAGAGCGAGAAGUUGAGGCAUGUGGUGAAGAUUGGGCCAAUGCACCUGAAGGGCGUUUGGUAGGGACUUAGAGAACACUCUCUAAAUGUUACCAUAAACUAAUUGAGUCACAGGAUCCCAUUUGAGCGCGCAUUGGACUUUGCAAACAAGGAGAAAAUUACUGAGUUAUUAUAUCCCCUUUUUGUCCACAACAUCGGGGCGCUGUUGUACCAUCCUACAAACCAGAGUCGCACAAACGCAGUCAUGGCCGCAGCUGAGCGUCGGAAGCAAGAGCAGAGCCAAGUGAGGAACUCGCAAGCUCCAGGGCUUCCAUCUCUGCAUCAGCAUCACCACCAUUCUAUGAAUAAUUCUAUUGGUGGCCAUCUCCCUUCUGGGCCACAGCAUUCCCUUGCCCCACACCCUAGUACUGUCGGUCGUCCUGGCUCAGACAGAGCACACACAUUUCCAACGCCACCUACUAGUGCUUCCAGUGUCAUGGGUAACAUGGGAAGCUCGGAUGGAAAUUUCCAUUGGGGACCGCAAAGUGGAUUGCCCAGCGCCCAAAGUACAAACCCUCUGUCAAUUGACACCGGUUUGAGUAAUACUCGCUCAAUGCCAACAACUCCAGCGACAACUCCUCCUGGAACCUCAAUUCAGAGUAUGCAACAAUAUCAGCAAGGCUCACAGUCCUAUGAUGCCUCAAGACAGAUGUAUUCGGGCCCACCUUCUCAGCAAAAUGUGUACCCCCAGCCUACCAAUGGCCAGCAAAACAUGUCUCGUUACUCGCAAUCAAACAACUACAUCAAGAAUGAGAUGGGUCCCCCAUUAGCGAGAGCGCCUGGUUCGGAAUCGGACCAUCACGAAGCCAAGGAGUCGAAUGGGAUGCUCCACCACCCGCAGAGCCAGCAGCAGGUUGGCCAUAGUCAAGGUGAGGAAGAGGCCGAACAUGAAGCAGAAUAUACCCAUGAUCAAGCCAGCAACUACGACGCAGCUCGUGCGUCUUAUAACUACACAAAUGGUCCCCCAGUCGGGUCACUAACUGGCGAGCACCCUCAUCUUUCCCCCGAAAUGACGGAAUCUCCCAAUCAUCCAGCUUCUGGUCGCGCAACCCCAAGAACUGCAUCCGCUCCUCAGUCAUACUACCCCCAACAGGCUCAGCCAGGCGGCUAUCAAACCCCCCCGCGGGUUGCUCAGCAACCCCCCUCAAGUAAUCUGUAUAAUGUAAUUAGCAGCGAGCGUGGGACAGCAGGUGGAAGCACCAAUAAUGAUGUGUAUGGGACCCAGACUGAUUUGGGCAACUCAAUUAGCAAUGGUUAUACCGCACAGCAGCCCAUCAUGAACGGUGCUCCCGCGACGAACAAACGUGGGCGGGAUGAUGACGAUGAAGGACGGCCAUCAAGUCGAGGUCCCGGUGGAGACGUCAACGAUCUGAAAAGACGUAAGACUAUUCGUGAGGGUUCGGUGUCUGGACCAACUUACGAUGCAAAUGCGCCGUUGAACCGGUCUCGAUCCGUCAUCACCCAAAGACGGCGGUAACCUUUGCUCGAUCUCCGAUCAGAAAACUAUGCACCUCCUCCUGUCACCCUGGUCACGAUAAUGAAUUCCUUUGAAACUGUCUGUCUGUGCGUGGCCGAUGGCCUUAGAACAUGCUUUCAACCUUCA